UCUCUCGAAUCCUUUGCUCUGUCUUCUUGCUCUCUCUCUCUCUCUUUCUCAGUUGUUUCAAUGUUUGAAAAGUAUUUGAGACAGAUACAGAGAGAGUAAGUGAGUUGAGUUGCUUGAAAGCAAAAAAAAAAAAAAAAAGGGUAGAAGAAUAAAAACAGAGAGAGAGAGAUGGGAAGGGCUCCUUGUUGUUCUAAAGUUGGGUUGCAUAGGGGUCCAUGGACUCCAAGAGAAGACACAUUGCUUGUCAAGUACAUUCAAGCCCAUGGUGAGGGUCACUGGAGAUCGCUUCCUAAGAAAGCUGGGUUACUUAGGUGUGGAAAGAGUUGCAGGCUGAGAUGGAUGAACUAUCUAAGACCGGAUAUUAAGAGAGGGAAUAUAUCACCAGAUGAGGAUGAUCUUAUCAUCAGAUUACAUUCCCUUCUCGGCAACCGGUGGUCUCUCAUUGCCGGGAGACUUCCUGGUCGAACCGAUAACGAGAUUAAAAAUUACUGGAACACCCAUCUCAGCAAAAGACUUCUAAGCCAAGGAACUGACCCUGAUACCCACAAGAAACUAUCAGAGCCAGUAGUUCAAGAAGUGAAGAACAGUAAAAAGAGCCGAGGCAGCAUUAACAAGAAGCAGAACAAGAAGAGCAAAGCAAAACAAAUAGUUGAGCCUGCAGAAAAGCCCAAAGUCCAUCUCCCAAAGCCCAUAAGGGUCACUUCUUUCUCUUUACCAAGAAAUGACAGCUUUGACCAAUGUAAUACAUUUAGCACAGUGUCUUCCACCCAAGGAGGGGAGGGAGGAUUAGAAGUUGUACGAGUCCCUUGGUCAGAAUAUAUCAACAACAAUGAAAAUGGAACCGGCUUUCUUUCUGCUUAUGAUGAUCAUGAUCUUGUUAACGGCUCAGAUUUCGAGUGCCACUCUCAUGUAGCAGCAAAUGAAGAUGAUACUUCUCUAGAGAAGCUUUACGAAGAGUAUCUGCAGCUUCUGAAAACAAACGAAGAUCCAGCGCAGUUGGAUUCUUUCGCUGAAUCAUUUCUGAUCUGAUAGAAAACUAAAAGAAAAAAAGAAAGGUGGGAUAUUGUUCUUAUCAAGUAAUUAUGUGUGCAUGUCAAAUAGUUCAAGCUUAAUUUUCUCCCAAUAAAGUUGGUUGAAGUUGAAUCU